UGUGAGGAGUGUUGCAGCAUCAGUGCUUGUUUUCAAGCCCCGUCUCUUCGGUGCAAACGUGAAUGAACUGAGUACUGAUGAAAAUCACUGUUUCAGCCGCUUCCGUUCGCUGGAGACAAGCCGACUCACAGGCGAAACGAGUUCAUUCCAGUACUCUCCAAAUUUCUAGUAAAUUUCCAAUUCACGAGGCUUUUCGGAAUCGGAACAACCUACAAGUGAACUUGAUCACUGACUGAAAUACAAAGCCGACUGUUACCGCGUUCAGAAGAGACAGACUGCAAUCUUAAGUUUCUCCCCAUCACACGACCGGGAUAAUUAAUCGCACUUGUGACACAAUCAACUUAAUGAGCGCAGCUAAAAGGAAGCUGAGAGUUUGUUUGAUCCCGCCCACCCGUGUGAUGAACUUCAAAUGACGACUCCUCCAGGGUGCGCCACUCUCCCUGGUGGAGCCAUGCUGUUACUAUAGGGGUCUUUGGGGGGGUUGCCACAUCGCAUCAUGAAAGGCUACACCCCCCACCGCACACAUCACCUCUCCGACUGUGAACCUCCGCACUCGCCAUCUCGGCUAGAUCCAUUGUACCUGCCCUCAGCUACCAACCUUUCUCAUCAACCCUACAUUGUCCCUUCUUCCACCAUGGAUCACUACGGAGCCCUGGAACCCCAUCACUUCUCCACUUCGCAAAGCACAGGUGGUCUUCCCCCAGACUGCCUGAUGCCACUCAACAACCAGCUGUCCACCAGUAGCACCUUCCCACGUAUCCAUUACAACUCCCAUUUCGAGCAGGGUGACUUCUCACCCCCAAGUAGAGACAACAUCGGGGGCAUCAGCACGGGUACAAUGGGUACCUCUAUGUCCAUUGGCAUGGGAAUGAACAUGGGACACGGACCAGGAAGGACAGCCAUGAUCACCAGUGGAUCUGCUACCAUAUCAGGCGCAGGGAAGAUGAACAGGUUACCAGCGAAUCUCCUGGAUCAGUUUGAGAAGCAGCUGCCAGGGCAGCGGGACGGCUUCAGCACUUUACAAUUUCAUCGUAGCACAGCUGUUGAAACAACGAAACAGCAACAGCAGCGUACCGACAGCCCAGGAAAGAUCCGCUACCUGGUCCACUCUGUGCAGAAACUCUUCGCUAAGUCACAGUCGUUAGAAAGCUCGGCUAUGAAAGGCAAUAUGAACGGGCGCUCAGGGCACAGUGCCAACGAGGACAAACACCAUCGGCGCAGCAAAAGCAAAGACCGUGCCAAGAGUGAGGGCACAGCAAAACGGCGUCCACGCUCCAACAUGUCUGGCUACUGGAGCUCAGAUGACCUGGACAGUGAUAUCAUUAACUACAGAAGCCCUAUGGCAAUGAUGACUCUGGGUCGUCAGAGCUCUGCAGCAGGGUCAGCGUUGGAAAGCCAAGUGAAUUCAAAGUACUUAAUGCAAGGUUACAACACCAUCAGCGAGCACACCCUGAAAACUUCAAAGAGCAACAAUGACCUAAAGCACCAGGGUCUCCUUGCUCUCCCAGGCCCUGGGGGAGGUGGGGGAGGGGGAGGAAGAGUAGCGGUAGUGGAAGGGAAUUAUGGGAAGAGUGGGCCCUGGUCCACACUCACACUGGCACCCAGUAGACAGUUAUGCCAGAAGGGCUCAGCCACGCUGGAUCGUUCACUUCUCAAGUCCAAGUCAUGCCAGCAGGAGCUGGCCUGCCAUUACCUCCAGGUGCGAGGCAGGAUGCCCUCUACAGGAGAUUGGAGUGGGACGCUUGGUCGAGGUGAGAUCCCGUGCAGGCGGAUGCGCAGUGGUAGCUACGUAAAGGCCAUGGGGGACCUGGAGGACAGCGAUGACUCGGACAACAGCUUGAAACCCUCACCAAAGACUUCUGCGCGUAGACAGAGCUACCUACGUGCCACACAGCAGUCCCUCAGUGACCAGUUCCCUUCCAGAAACCGUCCUCUGGACUACUCGAUGCUCCAGGGGGAUCUAGAGGCCCUGUGGUCUCCCCUCCACAGCAUUGCAACUCUGCAGCAGAUCGGACGCUCUGUAAGUUGUCUUCCAUCUCUGCGAGAAUUCUCUGGGAAUCGCAGCGUGGAUAAUUUGGACUGUAUUGGCGGUUCCGUCAGUUCAUCAUUCCCACGCUGGGAUGAUGACGACUUCAGCCAGGGCUGUAGCACACUUGGACGCAACAGCUGCAUCAGCCAGAUGCGGGACCCCGAGUUGAACCAACGCUAUGGAGAAGACUCCUGCUCAGAAUCUGUGUUCGGAGAGAUGCACGCGCUCACACGGUCUCACUCCCGGACAGAGGAACCCGAUUUGCCCACGUGUUUCCGUUCCCGAAGCCAUAGUUAUCUCCGUGCCAUCCAGGCUGGCUGCUCCCAGGAUGAUGACACAGCAUCAUUAGAUUCAGACUCCCCACCACCGACUGCUACAACUGUACGCACCUACAGCACCAGCACCGUCUCAACAUGUAUAACAACGUGUAAGAAGAUAGCUCCGCCCCCUGUCCCUCCCCGCAAUUCCAACUCCAAGCCCUUUAUCUCAGUCACAGUGCAGAGCAGCACCGAAUCGGCGCAGGACGGUUACCUGGACAACCACGAGCGCAGGAGCCACACCAACGGCAGCUCGUCCGACAGCAGCCUGACAAAAGGGUCACGAAAUCAUCCGUCUGUGCUUGGACCUAGCGAGGUUCCAGCAGCUGUUGUGCUUGCAUCCAACUCCUCUCGUGAGCUGCAGAAUGAGCAGUUGAAGGCAGGAGGCACAACAGACGAGCCCAGGACGGACCACGUACCCCGUCGCAAACUUUCCUCUAUUGGUAUACAGGUGGACAGCAUCCAGGAAAUUCAGACCCGAGUCGAGACACCACCGCCAUUGGCCAAAUUCCAGUCAAUUGGAGUGCAGGUGGAGGACGGCUGGACACUCAGCCGCUCCAGUAGUAUGGCAUCAAAGCAAGAAACUGACUCAGACACACAAGAUCUCUCUCUUAAUUCCGUCACCAGUGUUACAUCCAACACCAACGCCUCAAGACCCACUGAGAAAAAAGUCAUGGUGAACAGUGCCAGCCAAGCCGUGGAUUUCCACGCUCAAGUUUCUCUCGACAAUGGUAGCCACGACGAUGAUGUUGUGACAACCAGCGGCCCUUCUCGUCAGCUCCUGACUAAUCGCUCAACAACAAGAAGCAGCUCUUCUUCGUUUUCAGAGAGUUUAGACCCCGCCCUGGACCCCUCCUCCUUGCCUCCGCCUGACCCCUGGCUGGAGAGCGGGAACGGGACCGGAAACGGAGGCCCCACGCACGUGUCGUCAGGUGGCAUGUCUGCAUGCCGGAGAGAUGGACAUUGGUUCCUGAAGCUGCUGCAGGCAGAGACCGCACGGAUGGAGGGAUGGUGCAAACAGAUGGACGAGGAGACCAAAGAGCACCAGCUCUCAGAGGAGGUGCUGGGUAAGGUACGCAGUGCAGUGGGCAGUGCUCAGCUCCUCAUGUCUCAAAAGUUUCAGCAGUUCAGAGGGCUAUGUGAACAAAAUUUGAAUGUGAAUGCUAACCCAAGGCCCACAGCUCAGGACUUGGCAGGAUUCUGGGAUCUUCUGCAGCUCUCGAUAGAAGACAUUAGCCUCAAGUUUGAUGAGCUUUACCACCUCAAAUCUAAUGACUGGAAACUGGAUCGAGAUUCUCCAGACAAACAGAAAACUCAGAAACAGGCUCCACCUGUGCCAAAGAAACCUGGGAAGACCAAGGCGGUGUUGAACCGAGAGAAAAGCAGCGACACGGCAGAUAAACAGAGGCAGGAAGCCCGCAAGAGACUGAUGGCAGCCAAGAGAGCGCAGUCAGUCAAACAGAACUCGACCACCGAGAGCUCAGACAACAUCGAGAUCUACGUCCCCGAAGCCCAGACACGCCUCUGAGAAAAGAGAAUUAAGGAGACAGGCCCACAGCUUAUCCAUAUUGGGGGGUGGAGGGAUGGGGGGUCUUGGGUAAAAGGAAAAAGAGAAGAUGAAAUUGAGAAGACAUUUAGGCUUUUCUUAUAUCAGAUGCAAAAUGCUCUUUACUUUGGUGGUAGCCUAAAACCAGAAAAGGUUCAUGUGGGAAUUGUGGAUCCACACAAAGAGCUUCUCUUUUCAGAGACUGCCAAGGAAAACCUCACAGACUUUUAUUAUUAUUAUUAUUAUUAUUAUUAUUAUUACUACUACUUAUAAUUAUAUCACCUAAAGUCUAUAUCAGACUGUUUUAAAUGUUCUAAUAUCUUGGAUAAGAGAUUUAAUCUACGUGGACUAAGGUAGCCACACUUGGAAUUUUUUGCCUUUCCACCACUACAUCCAGUAGAAAAUCCACAGAAGUUUCCAUACAUGCUCGGUGGAUGCCUUCGUGUCCGUGCCAUCUCUGAAAUAUUUGUCUUCCUGUUUACUAAUUUGGUCUCUUAAAUUCAGCCUCUAGUACAAGCUAUAGAAAUCGGUUCUUGGCGCUAAACAGUGACCGACCUACAGAAGCCUGGUAGAAUGGAACAGAAUGUAGGGCACUUUCUUAUAUCACCCAGCUGGUGUUCAGUCCUUUCUCUCAGUAAGCUUUCAUACCAUUUAUUGGGAGCUUGCCUUAUGUAACUGUACACACGUACACACACACACACACACACACACACACACAUACACUCGCACUCCAUUUUAAAGGAGCAAUAAGUAGAAUCUCUUUUAAAAUGUGAUUUAAAAAAGCUUAAGGAAAAUAAAUAUCAAAUAAUAAUAGAUGUAGGAGGUUUUGGAAAGAUGAAUGCCUGUUCUAAUAUCUUGAUAAGCCAUGUAAUUAUCAGAGAUACUAUUGCGUGGGACUGAAUUAGAACAGAUAAAAUACCAUUUACUGCCACUUUUAAUGUUUUUUGGGGGCAUUUUGUUCUAAAAAAAUGAGAAGGCAUGUUACAAUCUAAAUGCCUUUUGUAUUGCAGUCGAAAGCGUCACUUUGCCAUAAUAAAGGCACAAGCUUGGUUCUUCAGACAUGUAGCAUUCACAUUCUAGCUUGCACAUAAAGCCUGAUCACGUGUAAACUACACACAGCCAGUUUUAGUAUCCUGUAGGGGGGGAAGAACUAGCUGCUUUUUAGAUUUAUUUUGUUUUGGAUUUUUUUUUUUUACUGUAUAGAAAUAUCUGAUCAUGAAAGUCAAGUAAUGAAUUUCUGAAACGCUGACUGUUUAAGUGGCGAUUUUACCGAAUCGAGUCCCUCUAACGCUGUAUAAAACUUACACAAUACAUUUACAGAGUUAGAACAAUCCUAAGGUAGACUAUGGAGUGACAGCACCGCUUUGUGCUUAUUCAUGUCCUACUUCAUGUAAACUGUCCUGACAGAUUGAAGGCAUUUUAUCCUGCAUUUCAUAGUCUUAUCUUUUUUGUUGUUUUUUUUACACUUUAUUUACCUUGUUAUCAUUAUUGAAGUCUCAUUGAAACCCGUCUGUUUAAAGAAGAAUCAUUAAAUGUUAUUUUAUAUGCA